UCUGAGAUAAAAACCUACUGAACACCAGCUUCCACAGCAGUCGGUUAGUUUCUCUCUCUGACAACAUGUGCACUGGAAAAUGUGCCCGUUGCAUCGCUGUUACUCUGUAUCCGUUGGUGUUUCUAUCCAUCAUCUGCAACAUUAUCUUGUUCUUUCCCGGCUGGGAUGUAAAGUACGCCAAAGAUGGACAUAUUACAGAGGAGGUGAAGUACAUGGGGGGUCUCCUCGGAGGAGGGAUAUUGAUGCUGAUCCCAGCUCUGUACAUUCAACUGACUGGAGAAGAAGGCGGCUGCUGUGGAAAUCGCUGCGGGAUGUUCUUUUCCAUUGUGUUCGCUGCAAUGGGUGUGCUUGGAGCCCUGUACAGCUUCAUUGUGGCCUUGAAGGGCUUGGCCAACGGGCCCCUCUGUCGCAACGGUGCAGAAUGGACUCGACCUUUUCUAAACAGCAAUUUCACCUACGUGAAUGACUACAAGUUGUGGAGCAUGUGCCAAGAGCCAAAGAACGUGGUGCAGUUCAACAUAGGGCUGUUCGUCACUCUGCUGGCAGCCAGCAGUGUGCAGGGGUUGCUCUGCGCCAUUCAGAUGAUCAACGGCCUCUUCGGAUGCCUCUGCGGAACCUGCUUCAACAAACAGCACGCAUAAGUUCCUGAUCAGGAGGUGUUUGAUCAUUUGCAUUCAUGCCACAAGAUGGUUCUCUCUGCUGGAAGUAUGAGAGAAAUGUUCCUGCCUGUAUUUGCAUAAAACACUUCAUGCGUAUUUCCAGAUGCUUCAAGCUGUCACAAUGCAUUAUGGUAUUCUGUGAAAGGAGUACACAGUUUAAAAACAGGAUUACUCCUUUUAACAGAUUUUUUUGCAUAUUUUUGAAAUACAAUAUUAAGAAAAUUACAGAAAUAGAAUGCUAGUUUAUUUGUUUAAUGUGAAAUAACGUUAAAAGCCCGCAACUGUGAAUACCAAAAAAAAUAAAAGCCCUCAGAGA